GUCCUAACUGCGAACUCAGCACCCAUAGCCAAACGCCUAUCUCUUGUUCUUUUCUCUCUCUACGCUGUACACUCUGCAACAGUGCAACUUGCCUUCUCAGUCAAGGCCUCGGGCAAUGGCGGCUGAAUCCAUAGCAAUGCUACCGUGGACAAUAUCCUCCGCCGUCCCCUCCGACCACCGCCUGCCGCCGCGCGGAGGAUUACUCUGCGGUUCUCACAGCCACACCUCCGCAGCUCCAGCUAGAAAUUGCGUCGUCGCCAGAUACUCCUCGACGCAAUCUGCUCUGCUGUUCUCCAAGAACUCGCUCCGGAAAUGCCUGCCGCCGCUAAAGGCGUUGGUGGCGUCGGAAACUCUGGACGCUCCGUCGACGCCGUUUAAUGGGGAGGAUAAAGUCGGAGUCUUGCUGCUUAACCUCGGUGGGCCCGAGACUCUCGACGACGUCCAGCCCUUCUUGUUUAACCUCUUCGCUGACCCGGAUAUCAUUAGACUGCCGAGGCUGUUUCGGUUUCUUCAGAAGCCAUUGGCGCAAUUUAUAUCCGUUCUGAGGGCGCCAAAGAGCAAAGAAGGCUAUGCCUCCAUUGGUGGCGGCUCUCCUCUUCGACGGAUAACUGAUGCACAGGCGGAAGAAUUGAGGAAGGCCCUUUAUGCGAAGGAUGUCCCAGCAAAAGUGUAUGUUGGUAUGCGUUAUUGGCAUCCGUUUACUGAAGAAGCUAUAGAACAGAUAAAAAGAGAUGGAAUUACAAAGCUUGUCGUCCUUCCUCUUUAUCCACAAUUUUCAAUAUCAACUAGUGGUUCAAGCCUUCGGCUCCUGGAGAGUAUAUUCCGGGAGGACGAAUAUCUUGUCAACAUGCAGCACACAGUAAUACCAUCUUGGUACCAGCGUGAAGGGUAUAUAACGGCAAUGGCAAAUUUGAUUGAAAAAGAGCUUCAACGUUUUGACAGCCCUGAAAAGGUAAUGAUAUUCUUUAGCGCACAUGGGGUGCCACUUGCAUAUGUGGAAGAGGCUGGUGAUCCAUACAAGGCGGAGAUGGAGGAAUGCAUAGAUUUGAUAAUGGAAGAGUUAGAAAAGAGAAAAAUAACUAAUGCGUACACCCUUGCCUAUCAGAGCAGAGUUGGACCUGUGGAGUGGUUAAAACCCUACACAGAUGAGACAAUAAUUGAGCUUGGACAAAAGGGAGUCAAAAGACUGCUGGCAGUCCCUAUAAGCUUUGUCAGCGAGCAUAUUGAAACUCUAGAAGAAAUCGAUGUUGAGUACAAAGAAUUGGCUCUGAAAUCUGGUAUAGAGGUUUGGGGGCGUGUUCCCGCACUAGGAUGUGAAGCCACCUUCAUUUCAGAUUUGGCAGAUGCGGUGAUUGAGAGCUUGCCAUAUGUUGGAGCUAUGGCAGUCUCACAUCUUGAAGCUCGACAGUCUUUAGUUCCACUUGGGAGUGUGGAAGAGUUGUUAGCGACAUAUGAUUCACAGCGUAGGGAGCUACCAGCACCUGUGACUGUUUGGGAAUGGGGUUGGACAAAAAGUGCCGAGACUUGGAAUGGAAGAGCGGCUAUGUUGGCAGUGGUGGUUCUACUGGUCCUAGAAGUCACCACCGGGGAGGGGUUCUUGCACCAAUGGGGCAUAUUACCCUUACAUCGCUAAAUCUAACCUCUUUAUCUCUCUCGCUUCCUCCUCCCUUGCCCUCUUUCUUCUUUCUCUUCCUCUUUUACUUAAAUGUACCUAUUCAUAAGAUUGAGCCUCCUUUUUUCUUUCUUCCCAUGCACGUUGGAAGUUACAUACUGAUGCAUUUGAGUCCCCACUUACACGUUCGGAUUUGAGCUGUCCAGGUGCAGCACUUUGUGGGGGAAAAGUGGAAAACUUGUAUGAUAUAUAAAGCGUAUGUAAUUCGUAUGCUCACAGCCUCGCACGAUGGUCCAUGAAUUUACAUGUAAAGUUUUAAGCUCUACUUUGAAUGUUGAUUUUCUUGGUGUUGAACUUUCGUUGUUCAACGGCAAGAAGCUAUUGUAAUUCAAAUAUUCAAAGCAAUUUGUGUACUUAUGCAGAUGAUUACUGGUCGAGUUCAA